AUGUAGUAGGUAAUUGCUCAGUUACACAUUCAGGUCACAAAAGCUAGGCUGACUUAUGAGUAGAAGGUUGAUCAGAAUUGUUUGUCAGUAUGCGUUUUGUUAUUAGAAUGUAUAAAGAGUUUGCUGUGUUGCUACUAGUUUUAACCAUAUAUACGGCAACUCUAUGGUACCUAGCCAAAUCGUCUUUUGAAACCCAAUGUGAGCAGCUGGAUCACAAUCAAUGGAGCCAACCAACAGAUGCCACAGCUGUAUCCAAUGACUUGCCUGAAACAGCUAAUAUUCUAAAUAAUGUACUACUCGUGAUGGUCAUUUCAACGCCCGAGAACAGAGCUAGGAAAGAUGUGAUUAGGAAGACUUGGGUGGGUAGCUAUGUCCAACACAAAAAGAAAUUUGCAGUUAAGUUUGUUAUAGGAACCUUUGAUCUGAAUGCUAGCAAAACAGAGUCGCUGAUUUCCGAGAAUAAGACGUUUGGCGAUUUAUUACUUUUGACCAAUCACCUGGAUUCAUACAAUAACCUCACCAGAAAAGUUUUACAUACCUUUGUGUGGGUAGACAAAAACACAGACUACUCCUUUGUACUGAAAAUUGACGAAGACUCGUUCCCUAAGUUGGAUCGGAUUGAAUUGGAAUUGAAAGAAAGAACUAACCGAAAACCUCUCUACUGGGGUUUGGUUGCAUCACAAGGUACUCCAAAGAAAGAAGGAAAGUGGGCGGAACCAAAUUGGAAGUUGUGUGACAAGUACCUGCCGUAUGCAUUGGGAGGGGGUUAUGUAUUAUCUAAAUACCUUAUACACAGAAUUGCUAUCAAUGCUGACGGUCUUACACUCUACAACAAUGAAGAUGUCUCAGUUGGAGCUUGGAUCAGUCCAUUCAACUUGGAAAGAAAAAAUGACAAACGAUUUCGUUCAGAUAUGCAAAAAAACUGGCAUCACGAUCAGUGCAAGGACUAUCUUCUUGUUCAUCAUCUGUCUAUUGAAGAUGCUGAGAAAACUCACGAAAUAAUGAAGAGUAAAGGUGUUUUGUGUUAAGGUUCUAUAUUAUUCCACAUGAGUUUUCUCAUAAUUAUGAGUGCAAUCACCACCAUCAGUAAUAAUUAUGCCUUGGUGCGCAUGCGCAAGCGAGGUAUACGGUAUAUAGUGUGUUUGGGUGUCUGUGUGUGUGUGUAUGUGUGUGUAUACUAUUUCAGCUGCUCAAUUAAGGAUCAAUGAAGUGCAAGUAAGAGUUUCUAUACAUUAGGCUUCUAGUCAUGUUUUCUUGGCAUGCUAUUUGUGGAUUUGCAAAAUAAAGCUUUGUUCUCGAGUUAUGCCUAGUUUUGCUUACUUGGAAUGCACUGUUAAUUGAUACUCUGGG